AUGAAAGUUGUACAAGCCAAUACACCUUUGUCAUUUCGAACGACAAUAGCUACAACAACAUCACUGAUGAAAAUAAUCUCUUGGAGCUCUUGCACACGGGAUUCGAAAUCAAAUGGAAUAUCACUGAUGCCUGCACUUCCUGUGAAAACUCCAGCGGACUAUGUUAUUAUUUUAACCCAUCUUAUUAUUAUUAUAAUUUUGAGGCGUGCAUUUGUUCUGACGGUCCCCACCAAGACAACUGUUUUGACGGAAUACUUCUAUACCACGAGAAAUGGCAGAUGCUCUCUAAAUAUAAAGCAGAUUACCACAUUAGAAUUGACUAUGGACUUUUUUGCAGCCUUAGGUGCUAUAUCUGGUGCCUUCAUUAUAUCAAUCAUCAUCUUCAUUUACAGAAGGAUUAGACGAAAGAGAAAGGAAAGAGAGCAACAAGAGCAGCAAGAUAUUAGAAGGUUUAUGGAUCCACUUGACUCCAGACCUCCUUCAGUUGCAAACUUUUUACAAGCAGGAAUUCCCAACAAAUAUUCUCAUCGUCAGAUUAAAAGAUACACCAACACUUUUGCAGUCAAACUGGGCCAAGGAGGUUUCGGUACAGUAUUCAAAGGUGAUCUUGCAAAUGGAUGUAUAGUAGCUAUUAAAAUACUUGAUAAAUCAAAACACAGUCAAAUUCAAUUUUUAAAUGAAGUGGCUACUAUUGGAAGGAUCCACCACUUGCAUCUUGUACGACUUUUGGGAUAUUGCUUGGAGGGGUCUAAAAGAGCUUUGAUUUAUGAGUACAUGGUCAAUGGUUCCCUUGAAAAAUAUAUCCAUGGGGAUGAUCAAAAUGUACUGAAUUGGAAACAAUUGUACUCCAUUGCAAUGGGCACAGCUCGUGCAAUUGCAUAUCUACAUGAUGAGUGUAGAAGCAAGAUUUUAUAUUGUGACAUAAAACCCCAUAAUGUAUUGUUGGAUGUAAAUUUUUCGCCUAAGGUUGCAGAUUUUGGUUUGGCGAAAUUAACAGAUAGAGAAGAAAGCCAUGUCUCUCUAACAGGUGCUAGAGGAACCCCUGGUUAUGUAGCCCCAGAGGUGUGGUCUAGAAACUAUGGACCCAUAACUGACAGAUCAGAUGUGUAUAGUUAUGGUAUGUUGGUCAUGGAAAUGGUGGGAGGAAGAAAGAACUUUGACAUGAAAGCUUUCAGAUCCAGCAAAUUUUACUAUCCAGAGUGGGCAUUCAAACAGGUGGAAAUGGGAGAAUUUCAAAACCUGAGGGGAGAUAAUAUAACAGAUGAGGAAGAUGAAAUUGUAGCGAAGAAGUUGAGCUUUUAGGGACUGUGGUGCAUUCAGUACAACCCUUCUCACCGGCCUUCUAUGAGUAAAGUGAUACAAAUGUUAGAAGGAACUGUUGAUAUCACCAUGCCCCCACAGCCCUUUCCUAUCGAUACACCAGUCCAAACAGCAGCGUCUACUGAAUCGUCGUCUAGCAUUUGAUGUGUGAUCAAAUGAUCUCAUUCAUGGGAUCUCAUCUUUGUUGCAGUCCUCAUGCCGAUCUCAACCGUUAGUAUUGGUAGCUACUUUCUUGUUUUGUUGUUUCAUCUUAGAUAUAGGCAAA